UAUGCAUUUUGACCGGAUCCUUGGACUCCUGGGUGAGUUUGGCCCUUACCAGCGUCGAAUCUUCUUCCUCAUCUGUCUCGUAAGUGUACCCGGGGCUUUUCAUAAGCUAGCCCAGGUGUUCCUUGGGGCAUCCAGUGAUCACUGGUGUGCUGUGCCGGAGUGGGACAACCAAGAUUGCACGGCGUGGAAUCUCACCGAUGCAGAGUGCGAACUUGCCAAGAAGAAUGCGUCGAUCCCACAGUCUGAUGGGGAGGGUUAUGAUCAGUGUGAACGGUACAACGUGACGGGGGUUUCUUUCCAUCCUGGUUUGGACCCGAGAAACUUAAGUGUGGAGGGAUGCUUGGAUGGGUGGGUGUUCGACACCAGUCAGUACCAGACCACUAUUAAAACCGAUUUUAAUUUAGUUUGCGACAGGAAAUCAUUGUCAAACUUAGCCCAAUCUGUCUACUUUGUUGGGAUCUUGAUUGGCUCUUUGGUCUUUGGGUCGCUUGCUGAUUGGAUCGGGCGAACUAAGACGAUGUACAUCGCUUUGACCCUGUGGUUAGUUGCUUCCAUUGCUGUUGCAUUCUCGCCAAGUAUUGAAGCUUAUGCGAUAUUCAGAGCAUUUGGAGGGGCAGGGAGCUAUGGCACCUUUCUUCCUGCCUAUGUGCUUGGAACGGAGUUCGUAGGUCCGUCCAAGCGUGUUAUCGCUGGGAUCGUGGGGCAGAUCUUCUUUGCCAUCGGGCUAAUGAUGUUAGCAGGUAUUGCGUACCUUGUCCGGGCUUGGCGUACCCUUGAGCUUGUCAUCACGGCACCGAUCGUCUUAUUCUUCCUUUACAUACCCAUUUUGCCAGAGUCGGCACGGUGGUUGAUUAAUAGAGGGCGGCACAAAGAAGCUGAAAAAAUCAUCCGAAAAGUUGCCAAGGUGAACAAAAAGGAGCUUCCCGAUGUGCUGUUUGAAGAUGAUGAAAUUGAUGAACUAAAGGUGAAAUUGAAAACUGAACGCAAGCCGACAGUUUUGGACUUGUUUAAGACGCCCAACACUGCUGUCAAGACGAUCAACCUUAUGUUUAAUUGGUGUGUUAACAGCUUGGUGUACUAUGGGCUCUCUUUAAGCAUACCAGACUUGGCCUCUAAUGGCUACUUGGCUUUCUUCAUAUCUGGUGCCAUUGAGAUCCCAGCCUAUCUAUUUGCAAUGGUUUCCAUUGAGAAACUAGGUAGGAGGUUCAAUCUGAGUGCCACCAUGGUCAUCGGCGGUGCAGCUUGUUUGGGUACCAUAUUUAUAGGUCCUGGUAUAUGGCAAACUGCUGUUGCAAUGAUCGGCAAGUUCUGUGUGGCAGCAUCAUUCUCCAUUGUCUAUAUCUACUCAGCAGAAAUCUUCCCAACCCCUCUAAGGACAGCAGGAAUGGGCAUAUGCUCCAUGGCAUCUAGGAUUGGGGGUAUCCUCUCACCUCUUAUUCUCCUUCUGAGGGACACUUGGGAACCUCUCCCACUGGUUCUGUUUGGGGGACCAUCCAUCUUGGCUGGUCUCCUAGCAUUACUCUUACCUGAGACAAAAGGAAGAUCACUGCCAGAGACAGUAGAGGAGGCUGAACAGUUUGGGAGGUGUAGCUGCUUGAGUUCUUCUGAAUACAUACAUGUUCACAGGGAAGGCAAGGGCAGUGAAGAAUUGUAAAGAUCAAGAAGAGAAUGAACUGUCUGGACAUGUCAACGAAGGUUUUUAUAAACAUGAUAAAAAUGGAACAAUUUAAAGGAACACGUUG